UUCGCCUCUUGGCUCGCUGCCCUAAAAUUUCCCAAAUCAAGACAGCAGUAUCUCAGGUACCCGCUGUCAGACCCUCCCACUUUAAGUGCAGUCCCCUGCCAAUUACGCGCACUAUCGCAUAAGCGAGACACACCGCACUUCCGGCGGCUCUAAGACAUGGGCGGGAUAUAUGGCGGACUGACCUAACACCUCCCUCUUCCCUGACCGCGACCAUCACCUGCUCUCGCGCACUCACUCAAGCAGCCCCGCCUCAGCAGCAUGACCACCUUCGCCACCGCCCCGCGCCUCGUCCUCAUCUCCGCCACCGAGGAUCGCGACCUCGAAAGCCAGCAAUACCAGGCGCCAUCGCCACGCCGGGAGCGCAAGGGGACGCUUCUUCCCCCUUACUCCCCGCGAGGAACACUCCCCGGCCCCGCCUCCCGCAAGGGCUCCGAACCCUUCGACGGCUUCAAGGUCAUUGACCUCGCCGACUGCAGUAGCAGCGCACCCCAUCCGAACGCAGCGCCCACCGUCAUUGCAUGCACGUAUCCACCGAAUGACCUCGAGGCGUCGAUUUCACCCGCCUACCCACCGGCCCCGUCAUAUUCGGCGUCCGCCUAUCCCGAUGAGAAGCAUCCGCAGAGCCGGCAGCAGCAGUACAUCACCCCUUCGCGCUCACCAUGGAUUAUGCACGUCGUCUCGCAGAGGCAAGGCCCCGUGCGCCGUGGAUUGCUCGUGGGCAGCUGGGUCGCCUGCGUUUUCCUCAUGGGGCUCGCCGCGGUCCUUGUCUUCGUGCAGGCCAAGCUUUAGUAGCGGGCACCGUCAAACGCUGCACUCACGAUAUCACCCAACCUUGCACUUUUUGGACACAUAGACUUUGUAUCUUCUACGCACAUCUUCCCCCAAGUACACACGACUGCACCUUCAUAUCCCCU